AUGUCUCGUCCGGGUCCAUCGGCGCGCAAUCUCACUCUCACCGAAGAGUUGGAGAAGUUGGAGCAGUCCAUUACUCUGACUCUGCAAGAGAUCGAUUCAAACUUCAGCAAGGCACACCGCAUCGUCACCACAAGCAUUUUACCCAUAGUCGAGCAAUAUGGCGAGCACUCAAGAAAUGUCUGGGAUGCUUCAAAGUUCUGGAAGCAAUUCUUCGAGGCCUCAGCCAACGUCUCACUCUCCGGGUACGAGGAACAAGCCAAUGACGAUGACGAGACCGGGGCGACCGAGGAGUCGAUAGCCCAAGACGAUACCAGCGUCGACUACACCCGCACCCCCCAACGACACGAAGGUGCUGAAGACAUGACGCAGGCCUCGGUCGCAGACUCUACGUUCCGCGCCGAGGAGUCCGUCCUUGAGGACAACGACCUGACGGGCAGCACGCCGCGACCGCCCAAGACCAAGACGAUCAAGCCCCAAUUCUCGAGCCUCGAAUCCCCCUACGAGGCGCUCAAGCGCGAGCUCAAAGGCGAGCCGCCCGCGCCGCACGAGGAAGACGACGAGGACGAAGAUCUCGGCAUCGAGGAGGACUCGACGGUGCUCUUCGCGCAGCACACGGCCCGGCUGCCGGAUAUGUCGAUGACACCGCGGUCGGGGUUCGCGCCGUCGUCUCGGCAGGAGCACCACAAGGACCCGCUGAUGCACCGCAUGCUCGACAAGACGUUCCGUAUCCAGGCCACGCCGCACAAGGGGCCCACAUACCGCGUCUCGCCGCUCAAGCGUGACGACAAGGGCAAGGAAAGGGAGAGAGAAGCCUUGCCGGCGUGGCGGCAGGAUUCGCCCAUGUCGUCGCCCGUCAUGGAGAUGCCAAAGCUCCGCAGUGAGGCCUUCAUGUCACCGGCCAAGAGCAACGCCCGCCAGCGCCUCGUUGCGGCAACUGCGUCCGCGGGUCCGCGUACACCUGGUGUGAGCGUGCAGACGCCCGGAGCGGCGAGGAAAACCAAGGAUGUGUUUGCUGCGCAUGGCGACUACAACGAUGAUACAACGACGACGGACAUUGGCGGCGGCUUUGCCAAAGACAAGUAUGAGAUUAAUUGGGAGAGCGACAGCGAUGAGGACCAGGCGCUGUAUGGCGGCAUGAGCCCGCCCAAGACAAUCCAGUUCGCGCUGCCCCGUCCAAGCUGCUUCAGACACCUGCGUAUUGUGGAUGACAUCCUGCUUACAGCUGGCGCUGAGCCGGAGAGCUUCGAGGAAUACAGCCCCACGAUGGUGAAGAUGAACAAGGACAUUCUCGAUGAGAGUUUUUGA